AUGGGUGACAAUAAUCCCAGCAAUUCGGAUGGAAUGCAAUUAUUGAAGACACUCCUCACUGCAGACGUACCUCAGGAAGGCUCUGUUAUGCAAGCUAUUCGCAAUGUAUAAUUGUUUCUAAUCAUAGAAAGUGAACUCAUUGCUCAAUAACAAAUAAUAGAUAUCCAUCCUAUAGGAAUUACAAUAAGCGUAUUUAAAUAUCAUCAUCUUAGAAAUCUUGACAACGAAUUCAAAGAGAUGAAUGACAAUACACUGAUGGGACUCAAUGCCAUCUAUUUUUCAUCUGUUGUCCUCACGCAAUUUAUGUUCACCAGAAAGGUCAGCAAAGUCGUUUUCCUUCUCAGUUGUGCUUACUUCAAUUUCUACAUCAUCCAACCCAUUGAGAUUGAAUACAAAUUACGCAAAUUGGCAUUGUAAAACACUCUUGCGGGUCAGGAAGUCAGAAAUCUGUACAGAUUCUACUUUAAGGAUCACGAAUUUACUAAGGAGAUGACAGAAAAGUGUAAAUUGUAUACAUAGGCUGAUGAAAUUAAAAAAUAAAUUUAUUCCCGAAAAUUGUGA